UCCUCUAAGACUUAUUGACCCAAAAUUUCAGACUAGGCCUGGAGAAUGCCAAAUAAGCUUUGGAGGAUAAACUAUAAUACAGCCUGUAGAUGCAAAUGCAGGACCAGUGAUGCCAAAGUACCUAUCAAUUGCUGAUGUCCCACGCACUAGCAAUCAACAAGACCGCUUUGGUAUUUUCCAUCCUUAAACUGCUCUCCAAAAUUUAAUUAUAAAUUUCAUUUUAGGCUAGCUCACAUAUACCAAACAAUAACUGAUGUGCUAGGCGUAGUUCUAUUCAUGGAAGAAACCAGAACAAUCAAAACUGCGGCCGGAGUUGAUCACCAAGUCCGUGAAACUGUUAUCACAGACCAUAGCACUGACCAACCUCUAAUUGUCUCUGCUUGGGAUGAACUAACAAGCAUUGACUGUCAACAGCUAAACACGUGGACUCAAUCUUUCUUAGUUGUUGGCUUCACCUCUUUAAGGCCAACAACUCACAAAGGAUUUUCUAUGGCAUCAUCCAUGUUGACAAUCAUCACUACAAGUCCACUAGGAGAUAAGACAGACGCAUUAAGAACAUGGGUCAGAGAAAAUCAAACUCUCCUUACUCAUCAGAGGUUAAAGGUACUGCAAAUCAGAAAUCCAUCAACAACAAGAUUCAUAACAACAAUUGCUGAUCUUGAACUGAAAAAGGUUUGUAAUACAAUGCAAGAAGAAAGUCACUGGCUGAAAAUUACAAUUCCAAAUCCUGCUCAGCAUAAAGUCACUGCAUAUCUCGGAUGCAACAACUGUGGAAGACGUUCCGAUCUGGCAAACGACGUGACUUACACAUGCUCUUUUUGCUCAAAAGAUAGCUGCAUUUCAACACCAAGGGUCAACUUCACAUUCGAGGCAACUGACAACACUGGAACACUGUUGUUAACUGCCUUUGCUGAACAAUGUGAGAAUCUUCUCAAGCUUACAAGUUCCCAGAUUUUUGAAAACAAGAUCAAUGGUGAAUUGGAGGACUUCGCAGAACUCACAAAGGAAUUGAAAAGCAAAAACGCAUUCAUCCAAGUAGGACCGGCAACAUCGUUGUCAAGGAUAAGGCUUUUGAAAUGGAUGAUCAAAACCAUUUCUUUUGACUAGAAUAUCGUUUGUUAAUGACUUCUUUUGCAACUCCCUAGGGCAUCUUAUAGGAACACAUGAUUUAUCAAACUUGUAUAGAAAAACAUGUUCAAUGUUCCUAUAAGACACCUUUUGUUAAAGAAAAUUAGAUGCCCACUUUUGGAAAAAAAACAAGGCUUUAGCUUGUACUUAUUGUAGCAGCUGCAUAUCAUGUAACAAACCAUCUUACAGUGGUUUGAUUUAGGGAAUGUGGCCCAAUUAAUUUGUAAACACUAACAAACUACUUUUGGUUUCAUUCAGGGAAUGUUAAUCCCUUGAUCUUGUAAACUUUAUAAUAUAACUAAGUGUUCA